AUGUCAUAUAAGAUUCUAGAUUAUUUCAAGACUAAGAAAAUAGUCAAUCAAACAAUUACUUUCAAAGUACCAGUAGAUUAUUCAAGUACUCAUCCAAACCCUCCCUUAAUUGACGUUACAAUUACUAUCACUCAAAAAUAUGACAAAACAUUUCAUUCUGAAAAAGACGGUUUUGAAGAAAUUAUAUUACCUGAAAACCCAAAUUUAAUGUUAUAUUUACAAGGUGGUCCUGGAUUUGGAUGUAACAUACCUACAGAUUACUCAGGAAUGACUAAAGUGUUAUUAGAUGAAGGAUAUCAAAUUGUAUGGUUAGAUCAAAGAGGAACAGGAUUAAGUACUCCACUUGAUUGUUUAACCAGAAAACAAAAUACUCCAGCAAAUAAGUACUAUGAUAAAUUAUUUGAAUAUUUGAUUCACUUUAGAGCUGAUUCUAUAGUUAAAGAUGCUGAACAUAUUAGAAAAAUAUUAAUUGGAGAUAAUAAAUGGUCAUUAUUAGGUCAAUCAUAUGGUGGAUUUUGUUGUUUUACGUAUUUAUCAUUUUAUUCAGAUUCAAUUAAACAAGUAUUAAUAACUGGUGGAGUUCCACCAAUUGGUAAAACUGUUGAUGACGUAUAUACACAAACAUAUAAACGAACAGAAGAAAGAAAUAUUCAUUAUUACAACAAGUACCCACAAGAUAUUGAAAGAGUUAUUGGAAUAUGUGAUUAUUUAGAGCGUAAUCACCCAGACGUAAUCUUACCUAAUGGUGGUACAUUAUCUGUUGAAAGAUUUCAACAAUUAGGUUUGAAUUUUGGUGCCACUGGAGGGACUGAUAAAAUUCACUCAAUAGUUACUAAAUUUCAUUCAGAUUUGAAACAAUUUAAAAAACUAAGUUUGAAUACAUUAACUUUAAUUCAAGAUCUGAUGUCUUUUGAUACCAAUAAUAUUUAUGCGUUCUUUCAAGAAGCGAUAUAUUGUGACGGUAAUAUGAAAUCAAAUUGGAGUGCUGAUAGACUUAGGUACGCUCCAGGCAAUGAAACUUUCACACAUAACACAGACAUAAUAUAUUUUACAGGAGAAAUGGUAUACAAAAGUAUGUUUACAGACUACACCCUGUUAAGAGAGUAUAGAAGUCUAGCAGAUAAAUUGCACGACUACGAGAAUUGGUCACAAUUAUAUGAUAUUGAUAAGCUUAAACUGAUUACAUGGGAUCAAGUCCCAAUAGUAGCAGCAACUUAUUAUUCAGAUCAAUACGUUGAUUUUAAAUUAACUGAACAUGUUAAAAAUAACAUUGUAUCACCAGAUAAUUUGAGACAAUUUAUAACUAAUGAAUUUUUUCAUAAUGGGUUAAGAGCUAAUCCUGAAAAGAUAUUAGGUUCUUUAUUUAAAUUAUUAGAUGAUGAUAUAGAUUAA